AGACUUUACAAAUUGGAGUUGCAUUGCAGGAUGUCAAUGAAGCAUGCCACUGCACAAAAACCUACCUGACCUGCGGCCCUCUCAUUUGGCCUGCCAGUCUGGUCAUUUUUAAGAAGAGAGACACAAAUGGAUGACCCAUGGGAAACAGUAUUUCAGUUGGCGGAUCUUGAUCAUGAUGGCAAAAUCAAUGGCCAAGAAGCCGUCAAGUUCUUCCCAAGAGUGAACCUCCCACAGAGUGUUCUCGCCCAAAUUUGGUCGUUUGCGGAUCGGCACCAGAAUGGCUUCCUUACCAAGCCAGAAUUCUUCACUGCCCUGCAGCUGGCAACAGUGGCACAAGCAGGACAGCAAGUGACAAAAGAAGUCGCUCAAGCCGUCAUAUCUGGGGCGAUAAAGAACAUCAAGCCUCCAAGGUUGGUAGGGAUCACAAUUCCUGCCUUCCCGCCGAAAGAAUCAUCACCUGUGGUCCCUCCAACAGCAGGGGCAGAGGAAUAUGGAACACCAGCUCCGGGGGUCUCUACGAUGGGACUUGGUGUACUGUGUACAACCACCACCACAUCGAGGAGUGGUGCCAGAGGACAAAGUGACUCUUCUCGAGCACAGGGAGCCAUUGAUGGCGAAAUAAGAUCAGCUGCCCAUGGCCGGCAUGACGGAGGAGCAGGGGUCGAAACAAGUGCUCCCAGUGGCAUGAACGGUGGAUCUACCAUGACAGAAAGGGAUAUCAGAUAUGGAGGAGGACCCAAUCUAACCAGGAUCAGCGAGCCUAAGGCUGUUGCCAUGGGAGUUGCGCACGGAGGUGGAAAUGGAUGGGCUCCAGGAGUACAACAAACAUCCACUCAGGUAAAACCGGCUGGAAAAGAGAGUGCAGCCCCACCAGCCGUCAUUGCCAGCCAGUUGGAACAGCAACAGCCUGUCCGCAAUGGCCACAAAGUCAUCACUGCCAUGCCACAGAAUGGGGUAUCAGUGAAUUCAGCUCCAGGUUCUGUUGGGGUAGCUGGCAGAGAUGAUGGUUUCCAUAGCAUGGAUGUGUCAGGAGUGAAGGGGCGGCGAGAGACCAGACGUCGAAAGGGUUCGCCAGGUGGAAGCAGCCUCCUCAAGGCGGUUCUGACACAUAACCUGAGCCCUUCUCGAAGUCCGAGGCGUAGCACGAAGGCAAAACAACCGGAAGCAGCUACGGGAAUUGCCAGCGACUUCACUAACAUCCCAGUGGCUGAUGGAAGAACACACGUGUUGGUGCCUAGCAUGUCUCCCGAAACAGACAAAAGGAGCAAAAGCGCCCCUCAGAGUCCUACGAGAUCACUACUGCGAGACCUGGACAGUCCUGAAAGUGUGCAAAUGGGGGGCAGUAACAUAGGAAGAGUAGAAGGCACAGCGACGAUUCGGAACAGCCAAACAGUUCCCAGCAACCUUGACUCCUUAUUGGGGAGUACCCAGAGCAGCUCUCACGUAGAGAGUCAAAGCACCGUCAGGCAUAGUGACAGUGUUUCUCUGACAAAGAAGAUAGCAUCAGUGAACUCUUCCUCAUUGCCAAGCGGUGAGAGCAGAGGGAGUGCAGCAGCAGAUGUGCAGCAGCAGACGUGGAUUGCGCUGGGAGGCCAAGGAACCUCCAGAGAGGGGUCCGUGGGCACCUGUAGGGCAGGGAUAGGCGGAACAGAACCAUGUCCUGCCAGUGCUGGUGUGGAGUUUACCUCCAGCGGAGAUGAUUUCGCAGGGGGUGCAUCUCAUUCCAAACCUGUUAGAGAAGCAGCUGCUUCUAGGGAAGGAACUGCAGGCUUGUCGGAGUGGACGUCGGCAUCAGACCCAGCGGCGAUGCUAGGCAGUGCCGUGGACGUCCAUCAAUCCUCUGGCAGCUCAGGCGGCCCGACUGUUGUGCACAUCUUCGAAGGCGAUGGGUUUCCUGCAGCCCCUUCUAGUGGCACCAGCUCAGAAAAAGUCGAUUCAGCAUCAGAUGCAAACUUGAAGAAGUCACAUUCCAGUCCAUCCUUGGCCGACGGAAGGCAUGUGUUUGAGCUUAACAUGCCUGCAUCCUUAUCCAUGGACGCAAGGUUGCAGUCAGAACCCACUGCCGGACAAGGAGGUUUGACCCCUGCCAGGGGAAUGACUCAUCAAAGUGAGUUAAAAGGGGCCCCCGGCCUCGGAUUGCCAGCAUCAGAGGUAGGAGGGAGUGCAAUUACACCUGGUGGAUGGCAGCCCACAUUGGUCGUAAUGCUUGGGUGGCCUCAGAUGACUGCAGUUGAUGAGCAGAGGUACCUUAAGAUCUACAGCUCAUUGGGUCCUGAUCACAAUGGGAUGAUUUCCGGUCAGAAGGCAAAGGACCUCCUCAUGAGCUCGCAGUUGCCACGGGAAGUUCUAAAGCAUGUGUGGGAUCUGGCAGAUGAGGAUGAAGAUGGCAUGCUGACAAGUAAGGAGUUCUGCAUUGCUCUGUACUUGGUGGAGAGGGCCCGUGAGGGUAGGUCAUUGCCUCUGACUCUCCCAUCUGGAAUUCAUCAUGAUGAUUCACCGUUCCACCCUCGCCAUCAAGUUGUGGUUAAUACACAGAUUGCUGAAGCACACACAAGCACAUCCACAGGGUUGGCCAAUGCCAAGAAGCCAUCUCAAGAAACAGGACCACCAACACAGACAGCUGUCCCGAGAGACGGUAUGCGCUCAGCGCUGAACCAAGCGGCAGCUAACACGCAAGAACAACCUCGGCUCCUGGCGCAGCAGCAGCAGCAAGACCACAAGCAGCAGCAACAGGAGGAUUUUGGCCAGCAGCAGAGAAUUGAGAUAACUCAAGCACCCUCCAGAGAAGAUCUGAGAAGAAGCAUGCUGCAGCACACAGAGAAUGCAGCUGAAGGGCUUCUGACUCCUGGUGCAGUCAGACUUGCGAGCAAUGACUUCUCAAGGCAAGAAUUAGGUAGCUUUCUGAAUAUAGCCAGUGCCAAUGUGAACUCCGUCGGUAUGGCUCUCCCUCGUGUCAAUGGGAUUACCCCUGGCUCUGUUGCUCAGCACAUUCCAGCAGUUUACCAGCCCAAUCUGUCGUCUGCCCCGGAAACACAUCUCGCCAAUCAGCUGGGCAGGAAUGAUCACGAGGCACUUGCAACAAGGCACAACGAAAUGGAGGAGCUCAGCACAUCGACACGGCAAAAAAAUCAGCCCACGAGUGUGAAGAAACGGGCAGACUAUUACGAGGAAAAAAUGCAAGAGAUAGUUCUAUUCAAGAGGAGAUGCUGGGACAAGCUUGUGCAGAUUGAAGGCCAGAUAGAGCAGGAGAAGCGAGAUGUCGCGGUUCUUGCGAGAAACUACGACGAAAAGUUCAGACAAACGGAGGCUGCAAACUUGCAAGCUCUGGCAUUCGAGGCAAGGCUGAAAAGUCUGGCUAAACAGAAGAUAGCACUGCAGGACUCGAUCAACCACCUCCACAAUCCCACAGAUUCAAAAUCGUCACUACAGGCGCGGGUCAACCAACUGGUAUCCGAAUUGGAUGAGCUCCGGUCUGAUGUUAUGCUUCGUGUCAUGCGGUCAAGGCUCAAAGUCAAAGCUGCACCGCCUGUGGAAUCGACGUGUGGGUGGCAGUUUGAAACUGGAAUGCAAGGGAACACAUGUGAGUGGGAAGGAGAAUGGGCAUACUUCAAAAAUGAGGGACUCAUCUCUGCCGUUGAUGACAUUGAGGACCGGUCUGUGAGCAUCGUUGAAACCGGCACUUGCGCCGUCAGAACAGACUCAUUUGGAGUUACUCCUAGGCUGCAUAAUAACUGGAGAAGCGUCCCUAGUUCCACUCCCCUGCCAUGGCGGGAAACGCUGCCUCAAGCUGGGAUGGACCCCGUCCAAGGAUGGAUGAGAUUUUGGACCUCGGCAAGAGCGGAGGCGACUUUGGCAAGGAAGGAUUUGGGGGAAAAAGUGGCCUUGAGGUGUUUGGGUCACCCGCAAAUUCAUGCUUGCUCUCAUCGGGGGCGUCAUCUUCAGGACACAACGCGCCUGUGGUGACUGAGGUGCUCUUAGCAAGGAGGGAAAGUAAUGCCUCGGAAUCUGGGAUAUUCCAGCAGAUGGAAUCAUCUAGACGGAGUCAAACGGUGGGACAAGAUCCAGAGAGCAGGAACAACAUAGCCUCCAAUCUUGGAUGGGUGUGGCCCACAGGACGUGCUGAGAGCGGUAGGUCAAGUCAGCUUCCACCUUAUCCCAACUCAAGGCAUGCUGGGGCAGCAGAACUGCAAGACCUUGAAACAAGUGUGGGCAAAGACGGCACAUCCAUCUCAUCAUCACAGUAGGUGACCAGCUUUGUUACAGCUGCAGCAGGCAGUUCAGGCGCUAAUGCCAAGGCGCUGCAGGGAGGAGAUUUGGGCUCGGUAGGAGGCGCCAAAGACAGUGGCGCUGAAGGCCUUGGCAGCAGGUGGCACACAUCAAACCCUUCGGCAGUUGCCACCAGCUUCGGCGAGGAGCAUAUCGAUAGCAGCAUGAGGGCCUCGUGGGGCUUGCGGCCUGCUGCAGCAAUUACGGUUGCUCCCUCUGUGGCUACACGUGCUGGUGGAGUUGGUAAUGAAAUAGGUACCAUGCA